GAAAGACCAUUCCUUUUGGAAUAUGUUUUCAAUAUUUUUUUUUUUUUUUCAGGGCAUGGAGAUGGCAUGGCUCUUGUUUUUGUGACUACACCCACUGGGCUGGUAUUUAAGCCUGAUUCUCCUCCCAGUGUCCAUCAGUCUGCAGCAAAGAGAAAAACCAGAGUGAGCAACUCGACUGCAUGGAAAGAGUUAGUGAGAGGAGAGCAAAACAAAGAAAGAUGUAUGUGGGAAAUGUAGCCUCCUUCUUGUUUCUUCUCCUCGUCAUCACCUCGACAAUAGCACAGGACUGCCCCCAGCCCUGUGCUUGCCCUUCUGAACCCCUGCUCUGCCCGAUUGGGACUAGUCUGGUUCUGGAUGGCUGCGGCUGCUGUAAGGUCUGUGCCAAGCAGAUGGGUGAGCCCUGUUCCCGACUGGAGCCGUGCGACCAUCACAAGGAUCUCUACUGUGACAGUGGUGUGCUGAGUGAAACCGAAACUGGCACCUGCAAAGCUCGGGAGGGUCAAAUGUGUGACCUGGGAGGCGUGACCUACAGCAGCGGGGAGUCCUUCAAGCCCAGCUGUAAGCACCAGUGUGUGUGUAUGAAUGGUAGGAUCGGGUGUGUACCCAUGUGUGCAAGCAACGUCCCGUUGCCCUCGCCCGACUGCCCUUAUCCGCGACGGAUACACAUCCCCGGGAAAUGCUGUGAGGAGUGGGUGUGUGAGCAAACCCCUCGGGAUCACCACUACCAGUCUGUGGUUGCUGGGUCAUCUCAGAUCCACCCCUUGCCCUCUUCGAAUCCAAUCUCCAGGCAAGGGUCUCCCUACGAGCGGCCAGCGGAGAGUCCACAGGACAACUGUAUAGUCCAAACAACGGAUUGGAGUGAGUGUUCUGCUGCCUGUGGCAUGGGCAUCUCCUCUCGAAUCACUAACGACAACCAACACUGCCAGUUAGAGAGGCAGACCAGGAUCUGCAUGAUCCGACCCUGCAACAGCCGACAGGAGAAGGAGAUCAAGAGGGGAAAGAAAUGUAUCCGGACCCCUAAGGGCCAACGGUGGAUGCGCUUUGAGCUAUCAGGCUGUUCCAGCACCAGGCUGUACAGACCCAAGUUCUGCGGUGUCUGCACAGACGGUCGGUGCUGCACACCCCAGACCACGAUCACAGCGGAGGUAGAAUUCCGCUGUCCAGAAGGUGAUGUCUUCAAAAAGAAGAUGAUGUUCAUAAAAUCCUGCUCUUGUCAUUACGACUGUCCUCAAGACAACGACAUUUUCCUGGCGUUCAACACGCGGAGGAUGACGGGAGACUACGAAAGGGAGGUUUUAUAAACAAACACAUUGAAAUGUAAUAAUCAGGAAUGCACUUUUCUUUAUUACCUAAACUUACCAGAUCCUGACUUGGAAGUUUGUCUGUGAAAUCAUGGGUGUGUACAAGAAAUUUGAUCAGAUGAUUUCUUGGAAAAUUAAGACAAAGAACACCUCUAUCUUGCCAACGGAAAAUGUAUUGUAUAAUUUACAUUUAAUACUAAUUUUAAUCAAAUCCCAGGGAAGACAAAAUGCUGGGUGUCAGCUGAUUCCUACAGAGUAUAGGAUUAGGGGCUGAAUAGGUACUUUUUUUUAAUGGUCAAACAGCAGAUUGACCACCGGCCAAUUCUAUGUACUAGACGUAGCUCACAUCAGGACAACACGGAGGAACAGUUAGUUCUCUGAUCAGAUAAAACUAUUGGACCUUGAGCUUAGUUUCCUGUAUUAUCUUGCUACAAACAUUUGUUAUAUAUUAAAUCAUUUCAAUUUAAAGUUUACUUACCGCAAAAGUAUUAAUCGUUUACAACAGACUUUGAUACAGUACAGCUGUACAAUGUAUGGCAUACUGUCGAACAGUUUGGCUUGUCAGACAUACCAUUUCUUUAAAUUAAUUAUUCAUUCAUUUUUUUGUAAUCGUCAAUUUUUCUUACCGCGUUAUUGACAGAAAGUAGACAUUACAAGCACUGAUAUUAUGACCAAUUUUAUUUAAAUGCUAAAAUAUUUAAGUUGAACAGAAACACAAACUGCACUAUUUUCUUUUUGUUUAAAAUAAUGUUACAAUAAUCUUUUCAUUCAUGAAUUGAAUGUUAAUGGUGGUUUAAUCAACGUCAACGACACCAGCUAACAUUAGCUACGUGUAUUUAAAUUGUAGCAUUAAAAAAAAUGUGGUAUUCGCCAAAGUAUUGCGAUAUACAUCUAUACAUAUAGAUGUGAACAUGUGUUUUGCAUUUUUUUAAAAAGCCUUUUGUAACAAUUGUGUGGUUCAAGCAAAACCUGGAAAAUUUGCGUGCUAAGUGUCUCUAAGAGGUUAGCCUGUGUUUUUAAGCUAUGGCUAUGACUUGAGAAAACGUUAACUCUUACCACACAAGGACAAACAUUUGCCAUGUAGUUGUUUUUUUAUUAUUUUGGCUUUUGAAAAAUAAUUAUGACACUACUAUAGUA